AUGACUCCUCUGCUAGCAGGCCCGUCUCCUGUGUGUGGUCACACACGCCAAGACUUCACAGGGCGUGACCACAGGCCCCUGUGCUGUCCCAGCUUCGGGGUGUGCACGGACCCAGGAAAAACUCAGUAUUUGGGGUCUCCUCUCCUCUCUUCUGCUGAGAGAGCGAAUCCCGGCCUUAGACUUGAUCUGCCCUCCAGCCAGCGACCUCCGUUGUUCCUCCUGUUGGAUCUGAUAACAACAAAUGCAGAACUUCCAGCAACCAGUUGGUUUGAACAAGAGGAUGGUGAGCAGUGGGCCGCGAGGAACAAACGCAGGAACAGACGCCAAAGCCCAAGCACACGUGAUUCGCAUUUAGAAGAACUGGAAAGAAGCCGAACCCACCUGCCCGCCUGCCCUGCGUGCCUGGGCAGGGCCAUCGACCCAGAGCGUCUAGGGUCUGCUGCCUGGGGGCUCCCGGCAGGAAAGAGUCAUAAAGCGAUGGCGGGUGACAGUUCCCAGGUGAGGAGAAAGUUCUGGAGUCCUGGACAUGGGCCCUGGGAUAACACAGCCUGUCAGCGACUCCUGUUUCGUACCUGUCUUCCAUCUCCAUUCUGCAGAGGGACCAGAGAGAUGAUUCCAGAAGUGCUGCCAUUGCUGGUAUGUCCGUCCCUCCCGCUCUGGCGCUGGCGCCUCACCUUCUACCCUCCACUGUCUCUUCAUCCAUCUUUCUCCUCUUUAUUUUUGUCCACCCUCAUGGCUGUCAGGGGGCUCUUGGGUCAUCUUUGUCAUCAUAAACUCAUGGGUUCCAAAGUGUGCUCUGUGGAACACUUACUUGAGAACGUGCCUCCAAAAAAAAAAAUGGAUCCCUGACCAACUGCCAGGAAUGGCGCACACUGUGUCCCUCGUGGAGAUUCUCAGUUCGUGUCACCUAUUGAGAGCUCUGAAAAAUUCCAUAAUAAAUGGUUUAACAUUGUUUAACUAGUUUUUCCCAAAACCUUUUUGAUCAUGGACCCUUUCCUAUGAACUCCCAAGGAACACCUAUCAGCAGGGUUUGGUGAACCACACUUUGGGAAAAGCCGGCAUGAACAAUGUAUUAUUUGUAGAAAUGCUGUGAAGUCAAAUUCGCUUAUGAGAAAUCUGGCAUCAAAGGCCUAUGGAAAAAUGUGUGUGCUGUGCUUUAAUGAAAGUAUGACAUUCGUGUAGAUCAGAGGUCCCCACCCCUCUCACCACAAAAGAUCCUUUUUAGUUCUUUCCUCAAGGGAUUCCAUGUUUCGAAAGCUUUUAUCUACCCAACAAACUACAUUUAUUGAAUAAUAAUUUGUCCUUUGAGUUUUAUUCAUCAAAGACAUAUUGCUGCCAAUUAGUGCUUCAGAUCAGUCAAGAUAACCACUGUUACCACACAGAGUUGAUAUGACUCCAGCCCAAAGCAAAUAAACUUAAUGUUUUAUUUAGUCUGGGAACCUCACUGAGGUAAAUGUAUGAUUUCCUUUGGGCUUUUUGAAAUCUUGAAAACAGCUUACAGACCCCCUUGCUGCCUUCCCAGAGUGCAGGGUGGGUGGGAGGCAGGACUGUGUGUGGAAACCCAAGGAGGACACACAUGGUUGGGAGGCAGGCAGGGAGGCAGAGGUUAUUGGGGCUGCCCACGGACAGCGAGGACAGCCGCGGGCCGGGGGGUGGGGACAGUGUGAAGCGGCUACAGUCCCUGGGAAGCCCGAGGGUCCAUGGAUUAUGGGGUCCAGAUCUUGAAGAACAGAGGAGAUGCCAAAGGCACGCACGUGGGGCUCCCCAAAUGUGGGCACGAACCUGGGCAAAGCGUAUGUACCCCUGUAGCCAGGUACCCGGAAGAGCUGGGGAGGAGGCCGGGGCCCAGGGGACGGCAGGGUGGGGUGGGCGCUCUGCCGGCUGUUCUUCCCAGGCCUCCCCGACACCUGGUAGUUUUUAUCAUGAGCUACUAGGAGGUGAGCGAACUCAGUUUGGCCGCCCUCGUGGUUUUUUGUUUGUUUGUUUGUUUUUUCGGUACGCGGGCCUCUCACUGUUGUGGCCUCUCCCGUUGCGGAGCACAGGCUCCGGACG